AUGGCAGAAAAGCAACCUCAAGGGAUCACUCCGGCCGACAGCGCUGGUGUAUCAUCACGAGAGCAAGCUUCAGCGCAUAACCAAAUUUUUGAUGCUUCCUUCUUCCGACAGGGAUCAAGGGACUCUGGUGAUACUGGUCUCGGCUCCAUACAAGGCCUACCAACUCAGGAGCCGCUCUCGUAUGAUCAGUAUGGACCAGCCGUGAAUAUGCCAAUGGGUACGAUCGUUGGCGGUACCGACCAGGGUAACGCUGUUGGUGGCAUGCAGGUCUCCGAUCUAGGGAUGUUCGACAACCCGUCGAUGAACGCACCUUUCAUAGAGCCUUUCAUGGAGGAACCAGACUGGAUUAACAACUUCACUUUCACCGCUGCCACAUACUCGUCCGUCCUCCAAACGGCGCUUCCACUUUGGCCCACGAUAGACUGGAGCCCUAAUUCGCUGAUACAAGCACCGGAGAGCCCCAAACAAGGUCCCGAUAAUUUACAUAGAACACUCCCAACUCCCAGCAGUGGCCGCCGCACAGAUUUCGAUCCUAGUAAGUCAGAAGGCACUUUGCCCCUACUCGAUAGAGUUUUCUCGCUUGUUUCUAGCCCACAGGAUCACAAGGAAGCACGCACUGAACCGUCCCGACGGUCAUCUUAUCUUACCUCCGAGACGCGGACCUUGUUGCAUCGAAAGCUGGACAAGUAUAAGCACAUUAUGCCCGACAAAUUUGUGCUUCCUUCUCACCAUGCCCUAAACCGGUAUGUCGUAAUGUAUUUCACUGCUGGUGCUCGACACCAACCUUUCAUCCACGAGCCAACCUGGAACUCCGCUACCUGCAGUUUGGGACUUCUCAUGGCUGUUUGCGCAAUGGGUGCCAGAUAUUCCUUUGAAAUAAAACUAUCUCGACAGCUUUGGACUCUGGGCAGAACAAUCUUAAGACACGAAAUGGACGAAAGUGACAGAAAUGUGGGAGAAUCUUUCGGGCAUCAGACAUCAUCUGGUGAACUGCUGGAGAACUGCCAGGCCAUGCUUUUAUUGACAAUGUAUGGAACUUGGGCUGGGGACAAGCACUUCUUAAGACAGGCUUUGGCAUUUCAGAGUGCCCUAGCGACGAUCAAUCGAGAUAUUAUUCCCGAGAAGCCUCCACCAUCACAACAUCUGACUUGGAAAAGCUGGGUGGAAUACGAAGUUCAAAAGAGGUGUGGCAACUUUGAAACGAUCUGGCACGCUUGCUUACUCGGUAUCAGGACAAAAUUCGUCACAUUGUGUUUCGUCAACCUUCAAUGCCUCGUGUACAACCUCCCAGCUGUGAUAUUGCACAGCGAGUUCGAUCUUGAAUUACCCUGUGGAGAGGAGCUAUGGCGCGCCGAGACGGAGGCGAUCUGGCAACAGCGCCGGCAGCAAGAUCACAGUGCAGCCCCUUCCUUCCAGGACGCUAUGAGAAGAUUGCUUGACGAGCGCGCUGUUUCAGAAACCGCUGACAGCGGGGAGACUACCCCGGAUGAUCUUACAUACUCGAUCUUUGCUAGCUACAUUCUCAUCAACGGACUCAUGCAGUAUAGCUCUGAGCAACGGAGAUAUGCGCGUUCUAUCUCUGAAGCCGGAUCGACCAUUUCCCACGACCAAGCGAAGACAUUCGAGCGGGCACUACGACGCUGGCAGAAGAGCUGGGAGAACAACCCAAAGGCUUCGCUUGACCCACAAGAUCCCCAUGGUCCACUGGCUUUCAACUGCACCGCUCUCCUACGGAUAGCGUACAUUCGGCUGGACAUGGACUUUGCACCUUACGCUGCAGCCCUGCGAUCUGGAGAUCCUGAGGUAGUGGCACGAACAAUCUGCAACCAACCACCCGCCACACGCAGUCGACGGUCCAUGAGAGCUGCGCUACACGCUUGGCACGCUUUACUUAUCCCGAUUCGAAUGGGCAUGGACCUAGUUGCUGAAACACAAGUCUUCACCUGGUCUAUUCAGCACUUCAUCGCUUCUUUCGAAUGUUGUCUGUUGCUGGCUAAUUGGCUCGAUGCGGUUACUGUCGCCGCACCUUCACCCCCAUUGUCCAACGAAGAACGCUGGCUCAUCCGUCUUGUCCAAGAAACGCUACAAGAGGCCGGAAUUGAGGAUGAUGUCAUCACCGACAUCCGGAUGCUGAGCUCCAACGUCUUGACCACCUGGGCGAGAUUGUUCUACGCUAACAAGAUAUGGGGCAUCAUCCCACUCAUUGGAGAGGCACUAACAAAAUUUGCUGAUCUGCUCCGCAUCCGCUCAGCACACAGCGGGUGA